ACAGUAUGUUCACAGGACGAUCAGACCUGUUCGACUGAGCGUCCGGGAGCAUUGCAAAGCUCCAACAGCAGCAAUGGCUCUUCAAAUGAGAUCCAUCACUGUACUAGUCAUCGUUCUAGCCUUUUACGCCCAUGCAGACAAGACUCUGUAUCGUGUAUCAGUUCAUCCUUGUUUCGGGAAUAACAUGACCGCCAUCGUGUUGGAGGUGCGCGUAUCCGACUGCCAUACGCUUCCAUGUCAAUUGACUCGAGGAUCACAAGUAACUGUCGAGUUCGACUUUAUUCCAGCAACCAACAUCAAAAGCGACAUCACUACCGGAGCUGCUGUUACCAUAGGAGAUAUCUCGUUGCCAGAUCUGGAAUCGAAAGAGAGUUUGGCUUGUCCCAGCAUUACUAAUAAACAGUCCGGAUUGGCCGUCGGUUGCAAAUUGAAUGCCAAAGAGGUUUACACCUACUCCAAAACUACUUCUAUCUCGGAUAAAUACCCAGUGGCUGAAAACGUGAACAUUCAGUGGGAACUUUAUGAUGACGACGACAAAACAAUCGUCUGCUUGAAUGUACCAGCCAAAUUUGUGCGAUCGAAAUAGUUGAAAUCAACUUCAUGGCUAUAACUCUAGAGGGUUAUAAAAAAUCAGCGGAUAGUUACAUUUAGAAUCGUAGAUGGUAAUGGCACUUAUUAAACAACAACAUAACUAAUUUAAUCAUUUUAUAAUAUCCUGUGGGAUUGGGUUCUAUUUACAACUUUGUCUGCACCAUACUAAACAAAAAGUUCCUAUUUUGAUUCAAUAUCUUAGCUUUAACAAUGCCUUUUUCUAAUACACGAAACAAAAAGGU